AUGGCAGGCGUCCUCGUCGAUACGCCACUGAGCGCUCCAUCACUACCAAAGGCUGCUCUCAACGAUGCGAUACCAGACAUCGACCCGCUCGAGGGCUCGACGAAUGAUGAAGAUGGAUACUCUAUCUUAAAACGAUACCAGAGACAUCUAGAGAGUCUUAAGCGAGAGCUUGUCCGGGCACAGGAGGAGAUCAAGCGUAUUCAGAGUGUACCUUUGGUCAUUGGGCAGUUUAUGGAGGCAAUCGAUCAAAAUACCGGUAUCGUCCAGUCGUCGACAGGCUCUAAUUACGUCGUCCGUAUCCUAUCUACCCUUGAUCGGGAGAAGCUGAAGCCCUCGUCCUCCGUCGCUCUCCACCGCCACUCCAACUCCCUCGUUGAUAUUCUUCCCCCAGAGGCAGACUCGUCCAUUGCCAUGCUUGGAACGAAUGAGAAGCCGGACGUUACGUAUGCGGAUGUCGGUGGACUAGAUAUGCAGAAGCAAGAGAUCAGAGAAGCUGUCGAGCUACCACUCACCCAUUUCGACCUCUACAAGCAAAUUGGUAUCGAUCCACCUCGCGGUGUACUGCUAUACGGCCCUCCAGGUACCGGCAAGACGAUGUUGGUCAAGGCUGUCGCCAACAGCACAACCGCCAACUUCAUCCGAGUAGUAGGAUCCGAGUUUGUGCAGAAAUACCUGGGUGAAGGUCCUCGAAUGGUCCGUGAUGUAUUCCGGAUGGCCCGCGAGAACUCACCAGCCAUCAUCUUCAUCGACGAGAUUGACGCUAUUGCCACGAAGCGUUUCGACGCCCAGACCGGUGCAGACAGAGAAGUGCAGCGUAUCCUUCUCGAGCUGCUCAACCAGAUGGACGGUUUCGACCAGACUAGCAAUGUCAAGGUUAUCAUGGCCACUAACCGAGCAGACACCCUUGACCCAGCCCUGCUCCGUCCUGGUCGACUUGACCGUAAGAUUGAGUUCCCAUCGCUGCGAGAUCGACGAGAACGACGUCUGAUCUUCACCACUAUUGCGGGCAAGAUGUCCCUCUCGCCAGAAGUCGACCUGGAUUCGCUCAUCGUUCGUAACGACCCCCUGUCCGGAGCUGUUAUCGCAGCCAUCAUGCAGGAGGCUGGGCUACGUGCUGUGCGGAAGAACAGAUACAACAUCAUCCAGUCCGACCUUGAGGAUGCUUACUCGAGCCAGGUCAAGGGAGGACAAGAUGCUGACAAGUUCGACUUUUAUCGCUAA